UUAUGAUGGCGGCGGGGAUCCCCCCCCCCCAUAGGGCAAGCGUAAGUUAAACCACUAUUGAAACGCGGCUAUGGUGUUUCCCUAGACUUCCUCAGCUGCGGCGGAUGUUACGGCAGUCAACCGGAUUGGUUGCUGAGACGCCCAAUAGCGGUUUCCCCCCCGGCGUGAACUGGUGAGCAACUCUUGUUAGCAACCGUCAAGCGGAUUCAGUCACCAAGAGGCGUGAUUUCAAACCGGAGGUUAACGAACGAAUCGUAUCGACAAGUUGCCUUCACUGAGGAAAAUGGACGGUGAUGGCAACUGUAAUGAUGUGCAGGCAGAACUGCACUCGGUGGAGGCUGAGCUGGAGGUGGUGGAGCUCCAGAUAGCAGAGCUCCUGGAAAAGCAGACUGAGCUAAACUCUCGCAAGAACGUACUGCUACGCAAGCUGGAGGAUGCCUGUGAUGCCUCUUCAUCUUCUUCAUUAUCAUCUUCAAAGGCAUCUGGAGCCAAUCCGGUGAUGACCAAACAAGAGAUGAAGCGCUAUGACGGCUCUGAUUUUCCAUGGUCCAAGGAAGUGACACAACACCUGAAGGAUUCUUUCCAGCUGUCUAAGUUCCGUCCGCUCCAGCUGAGGGCCAUCAACCUGAGCAUGGCAGGAAAGGAUCUGUUCCUGGUUAUGCCCACUGGGCGAGGGAAGAGUCUGUGCUACCAGCUGCCUGCAGCCUGCUCCCAGGGUUUUACUCUGGUUGUCACUCCCCUGGUGUCUCUAAUGGAAGAUCAGCUAAUGUACCUGAAGUCUAUCGACUUGCCAGCAGUCUCACUUAAUGUGUCCUCCAGCAAGGAACACGUAAAGAUGGUCAUGGCCGGGAUGACUGACCCAAAGGCUACUUUCAAACUACUCUAUGUGACUCCAGAGAAGAUAGCCAAGAGCAAGAUGCUCAUGUCUCGCCUGGAGAAGGCUUACAACGCAGAUCGUCUUAGUCUCAUCGCUGUGGACGAGGUGCACUGCUGCAGCCAGUGGGGCCACGAUUUCAGACCUGACUAUAAACUGCUGGGCAUCCUGAAGAGGCAGUUCCCCAAGGUCCCUUUGCUCGGGCUGACGGCUACAGCAACUAGCAGUGUUUUAAAGGACUGUCAGAAGAUCCUCUGUGUGCCUCAGCCAAUCACACUCACCUCCUCCUUCAACCGAACCAACCUUUACUACGAGGUACGUAUCAAAGAUGCCAAUAGUGACGUGUUGUUAAGUGACAUUGCUUCACUAAUCAAGAACAAAUACAAGGACCAGUCAGGGAUCGUGUAUGUGUUCUCCCAGAAGGACUCUGAGGUAGUGUCAUUGGACCUCCAGAAGAGAGGCAUCCAGGCAUACCCGUACCAUGGCAACAUGAACCCUGAAGAGAAGUCCCAGAUUCACCGCAAAUGGGCCACCAACAAAAUCCAGGUGGUGGUAGCCACAGUGGCGUUUGGCAUGGGCAUUGACAAGACCGAUGUCAGGUUUGUCAUCCACCACACCAUCAGCAAGUCCAUCGAGAACUACUACCAGGAAAGUGGGCGGGCAGGUAGAGAUGACCAUCCAGCUGACUGCAUUGUCUACUUUGGCUUCGCUGACAUCUUCAGGGUCAGUACCAUGGUUGUGAUGGAGAAUGUGGGCCAGCAGAAGCUGCAGCAGAUGGUUGACUACUGCCAAAAUGUCGACAGGUGUCGGCGGUCGCUGAUGGCUGUUCACUUUGACGAGGUCUGGGACGAUGAGGGAUGUAACCAGAUGUGUGACACCUGCCGCCAUGAAAAUGACUACGUCACCGUAGACAUUAGCCAGCAUGCGCGGGAGGUGGUGCAGAUCCUGGAGCUGGCAGCAUCCAUGGAUGAGAAGCUGACCCCUCUGAAGGUGAUGGAUGCCUGGAUGGGGAAGGGCCCCGCCAAGCACAAGAAGAACAUCCGGACCACCACCCUGUCCCGACUAGAGGCUGAAGCCGUCAUUGUCCGUCUACUGCUGCAGGGAUAUUUCAGUGAGGAUUUUAGCUUCACGCCGUACACCACCUACUUCUAUCUGAAAUUGGGCCGCAAAGCGCCGUUGCUGAAGAACCAAACUCAUACAAUCAUCAUGAAGAUGAAGAAGACGGGUGCAUGUGCCAAUGUGGUAAAAGUCUCUGGUGUGAGUGGCAAGGGCAAAUCCAAAGAGGGAAAAAGAGCCGUUGAAAGAGCUGGAGACACCCCUGUCACCAAGAAAGCCAAGACAGACCGCUCUUAGCUUGCCCCAAGUCCACCCAGAAGACAGGAUUGACAAAAGGGACACAUCAGCAGUUGAAUCUGAAGAGGAAGAGGUCAAUAUGAUUGACCACGUUGCCACCACCAACAGCAGUCCUCUACCACCCAAACACAAACUAAUCAAGGAACAGAGAAACCUGGCCAGGAA